UUUGGUUAUAUGAUUCCACUACGGAUAUAUAAAUACUAGUAGUGAAAUAUAAUUGAGCAAGAUAUUCCACUACGGAUAUGUAAAUAUCAGUAGUGGAAUAUUCAUGGGUAGGAGAUUCCACUACUGAUAUGUAAAUAUCAGUAGUGAAAAGUAGACACGGUGGCAAUCAUGUAAUUAUAUCGAAGUUUUGUUUUAAGAAAGGUCUUUGUUCUCUCUCAUCCUUCUACGCGUAUCAUCAUCUCUCAGACUCUUCCAAAAUCAAACGAACCCUAACGAACCCUCUUCACUGAAAUCUCCCAUCCUUCACUGAAAUCAAAAUCAAAAUCUUCGUUCUCUCCCAUCCUUCAUUGAAAUCUCACACUCUUGAAAUUUCCAGUUCAUUCUGAAAUCAAAUGAACCCUAAUCUCUUCACUCUCGAUCUUCUUCUUCCUUGUCGCUGCUUCAUUCACUCUCGAUCUUCUUCUUUGUCGUUGCUUCGUCUUCGGUACUGGCGCCGGCACCGGUGCGAUUAGGUUCAGGAGCCAUUGAUCUUCGUUCAAUUUUUGAACACCAAUCUUCGUUUUCGCUCUCAGGGUUUUUGGUUGUGAUUUUGUUAGUUUCUCAUAUUGAAUCUGGGCAAGAGCGAGAUACCUAUGUAGCCGACCUAAUCUGGGCAAGCUUUAGGUAGUGUGUUCUUCCAACUGUUUGAUUAUAUUCCCCAACCAAGUUCAUCAUGUCUAGUUUUGUGGGUGUCAUUGUUUCUGAUCAAGAACUUCAGAGCCAGUUCACCCGAAUAUGAACAUGGACAAAUUGCACCCGAAUCAGAAAUUGUAUGCUUAAAUGAGACAUAUAUUCCCUCGAUUUAGGAAAAGACAUCGACAUUUCCUCAAUUACCCGAAUCUCCCCCUCUAUUAUGUAAAAAUAGAGGGUGUGUAUGUGUUUUGUUUAAGCAAAUUAGGGGAAGGUGUAUGCAAUUUUCCCAACAAAUACGAGCGGUUAGUGUUCAUUUGAAAAAUAGAGGAUGAGUGCAAUUUUCCACAAGAGUAUACAAGAAUGUUGUUUGAUGCUCAAUUUGUCUCUAGUCCUAGCAUGUAUGCACCUAACUUGAAAGUAUACUUUUCUUUUUGUUUUGAAUGUCUGCAUGGGAAGGCACAUGUAAACUUGCAAACACGAGCUAUGGCAAAAGAUGGUGGUUCAAAAAGUUCUUCAUUUUUGAAGACAGCUACAACGACUGUUCAUCAUGCAAUUAAUGAAUCUGAGAAGGCUUCUUAUGUUGCACAUAUUAACAGUUACUUGGCUGAAGAUAAAUUCUUGAAGCAGUUUCUUCCCCUUGAUCCAGCGACAAAUGCAUUGUUUGAUCUUGCUAAAGAUGGAGUCCUGCUCUGCAAGCUUAUUAAUGUUGCCGUUCCUGGGACCAUAGAUGAACGAGCUAUCAACACAAAACGGGAUCUUAAUCCAUGGGAGAGGAAUGAAAACCACACCCUUGGCCUCAAUUCAGCAAAGGCUAUUGGGUGCACAGUGGUUAAUAUUGGUACACAGGAUAUGGUUGAAGGAAGACCUUAUUUGGUACUUGGUCUGAUUUCACAAGUAAAGAUGGACGAUAUGCCAUUGCAUUCUGACUUCUUCUGGAAAUGGUUGGAAAAUGUGAAACUGAUCCAUCUUCAAAACCUCUUGUUCUUUGGCUCAAUGGAGGACCUGGUUGUUCUUCUCUAGGAGUAGGUGCAUUCUCAGAAAAUGGACCCUUUAGACCAAAUGGUGAAUUUCUUAUUAAAAAUGAGCAUAGUUGGAAUAAAGAGGUAAAUAUGCUUUAUUUGGAGACACCAAUUGGAGUUGGAUUUUCCUAUGCCAAAGGUAGUUCUGCUUAUACAACAACAGUGAAUGACGAGGAAACAGCAAGGGACAAUCUUGUAUUCUUGCAACGUUGGUUCAACAAGUUUCCACAAUAUAGAAACAGAGAUUUGUUUCUAACCGGUGAAAGUUAUGCAGAUUAUCACGGUUAUGCAAGAAGUCAUGGUCUGUGAUCAAGUGAAGUUCACCUUGGGUAAUGAAGGUGGAGUAAUCUUACUACCCUGGGCCCCUGGUGUUCAUCAGGAUGCAAAGUUAAAGGUUGUAGGAGGUUGAGAACUUUUUUUAUUUGCUCCAAUCUGAAAUGAUUAACUUGUCUAUUGUUGGAAUUGGGUGUUUAUAUGAUGUGUUGAUUUUUCUGCCUUUAGGUAUCAAUCAUAGGAAAAGAGAUAUUGUGUUUUAAUUAGUAUGAAUAAGUUGAUCAUGAUAUUUAUAUGAAGGUUUUUUCCUCUAUAAUCACAUUACUCAAC